UUCAAAAGGGAAACUGCGUUCCGUGCAUUUGGAAUAAACUAUCAGAAUAAUGGCAGAGGAAUUAGAAGUGCAUCGGGAAGAAGUGUAGCCUAUCAUCUCUGAUUCGGAAACAACAGUGAGAGCAGUAGUAAGACAGAGGAGUCCAGAGCAAUCGGGUAAAUUGGAAAAGGAAGCACGGAACUCGAGAGCGCAUCAGCCGGACUGAAGCAGCAGCGCUCGGGCACAUGAUGUUGCGCAGAUACUUCAAAUCAUCCCCAGGAUCAAGCACCAGGCAGAAUGUCGCUUUUUAGACCGUCCGUACUGAAGGACCGUCGGACUGACCCUCCUCAGUUGGAGGGUAGACUGUUAGGUUUUUGGAAUCGUUUUGUUAUUUAAUCGUAUUUUUUUUUAUUCUGAGAACUCAUACCGGAGGAGAGUUUAAAAUGCAACCUAGAGGGGUCGAAGCAUCUUCUAAAAAGGUAAGUGGAUCAAAAUGCUACUUGUGAGGGAGGUUGCACCUUUCAGGGAUUGUCCAGCUGCGAUGAGAGAGGAGGUCUUCACCGAUGAACCCAUCAUACUUGCUGCUUUGGACCACACCCUUUGAAAUUGCCCCUCCAUGAGUGACACUCAGAGUGACAAUGUGAUGAGCUUUGCUAUCAUUUCCAGCCCAAGUAUGGAUGGAGGGAUGAAAGGGAGUAGCGCAAGUUAAUGAGACUAUUGCUCUUGUGUUGGGGAGCUUAGGACAGGCAAUUACAGGAGGAUUACCCACUGACUUCAACAUAGCAUACUCUCCACUGAGGCAAGCUUCAAGACCGUUAAGAACUCCAGUGUGGUGGAUUUUAUUAGAAUUUUUCCUCCCCUUUAAAUUAUCUGCAGUAAUUGUUGUUGUCUAAAGUUUGCAAAGCUUCCUUUGUCUCACAAAAUGGAGGUACAAAUACGAAUGUGGAAUAAAGACUUGCCGACUUUGAUCAGCCCAUGGAUACCUAUACUGCUUGGUCUUCACAUGCAUUUCUCACGAGCCACAACCUGUCCCGAGGAGUGUCGGUGUGACAGGACCUUUGUUUACUGUAAUGAGAGGAGUCUUACAUCUGUGCCUCUGGGGCUAGGAGAGGGUUAUAAGAUCCUCUACCUCCAUAACAAUCAAAUCAACAAUGCUGGAUUUCCCCUGGAAAUGCACAACGUUGCCUCAGUGGAGACUGUGUAUCUCUAUGGCAACCAACUUGAUGAAUUUCCUGUCAAUCUUCCAAAAAACGUGCGGGUGCUCCACCUGCAGGAGAAUAACAUUCAGACGGUGUCCCGGGCUGCCCUUGCACAGCUGCUACGCCUAGAGGAGCUCUAUCUUGAUGACAACUCCAUCUCCACCGUGGGUGUUGAGGAGGGGGCCUUCAGGGAGGCCAUCAGUCUUAAGACCCUUUUCCUUACCAAGAACCACCUGAGCAGCGUACCUAUAGGACUCCCAGAGGAACUGAGAGAGCUGCGGCUGGACGAGAACCGCAUAGCACUUCUAGCCGAGGAUGCAUUUGAGAAUGUGACGGGACUAGAACGCCUCCUUCUGGAUGGGAAUCUUCUGACAGAUGAAGGUAUCGCCCCAGGGGCAUUCCAAACUCUAGAUAACCUUAAAAUCUUGUCAAUGGCACGCAACUCACUCACAGUUCCCCCUCCCAAUCUACCAACUGAAUUUUUGGUUAAGCUCAACUUGCAGGAUAAUCAGAUGAAUGAGAUUCCUUUGACAGCAUUUCAGGGGCUGUAUCACUUGGAGAGACUGGAUAUUUCCAACAACCAGCUGCAGUCUCUCACACAGGGGGUCUUUGACGCCCUCCACAGCCUGAGACAGCUCACUGUUCGAAACAACCUUUGGCUCUGUGACUGCAACAUUAAAUGGGUCAUACUGUGGUUAAAGUCCCUGCCAGCUACCCUCAAUGUCCGUGGGUUCAUGUGCCAGAAACCAGAGAGUGUACGUGGCAUAGUAAUCAGAGAGCUAACCCUAGAGCUCAUCCAGUGUCCUAACAGCACAGCCACAUUCACACAUCAGCCCACACUGCUCCCUUCUUCCACCCCUGAGUCAGCCACUCAAAUGGCCUUCACACCCCCACACUCCUUGCCUACACCCACCCCUCCACCUUUUGCACUUCCCCUACCGACUGUUGGCAGAGACAGGGAACAUAGGACAAAAACCCCAGACGGUCCUAGGCAGGAAUCGCUACGUGUUUCUUUUGUUGUGCUGAACAGUUCAUGUAUUCAGGUAAGCUGGGUAUCGACUUUCACUGUUACAGCCUAUAAGGUGACAUGGGUCAAGUUGGGUCACAGUUUGCUAUCUGGCCCCAUGCAAGAGACUAUGGUAGAGGGGGCACAUUUUGGAAUUGUGUUGGCAAAGCUGGAGCCCAAAUCCACCUAUCGCAUUUGUGUGGAUCCGCUAGAUGCUUUCAAUAAUUACCACCCAGGAGAUGAUACAAUUUGCUCAGAGGUGACAACGAAGUCUGUUUCCUUUCACUCCAAUGACAAUGCUACUGGGCCUGAGCAGGCAACCCAGCAGGACCCAAGCUCACCUCUGCUACUGGCUGGCCUGAUUGGUGGGGCAGUGCUAGUGGUCCUGGUGGUAUUCUUGAGCAUAUUUUGCUGGCACAUGCACAAGAAGGGAAGGUCAGACUUAUCCGAAUGGAAAUACAGCCGAGGCAGAAGAAAAGAUGACUACUGCGAAGCAGGGACAAAAAAAGAUAACUCCAUUCUGGAGAUGACUGAGACGAGCUUUCAGAUAGUUUCUUUGAAUAAUGAACAGCUCCUGAAAGGGGACUUCCGUAUUCAACCAAUUUACACACCUAAUGGAGAUGUUGAAUUCAGAGACUCCCAAACGAGAAACAAUAGCACGACAUACUGUAAGAACAGUGUUCCAGAGUCCGAUCCAUGCCAUAAAUGAUGAUUUUAAACAAAUAACAUCCUUUGUAUCUAGAUCAGACGUAUACACACUGAGGAUAUAGGAUAUAUUUAAAAAAAGACUGUACAUUAUGUAAUUUAUACUCUGAACAAUGAUAUCGCCUUUUAUAUCCCUUAG